CCAUUCGUGCAACAUGAACACCAUCCUCAUAACCGGCUGCAACCGUGGCCUCGGAUUGGGAUUAGUCAAGGUGCUUGUUGGUUUGCCGGCACCGCAACCGACCCACAUCAUAGCGACGUAUCGUGAUCCGCAGAAAUCGCAGGAUCUGCUCGCGCUUGCCAAACAGCACUCCAAUAUAGUUCCGUUGCAAUUCGAUGUGAAAAACUUCGAUCAGUACGAUCAAUUCGCAAAGGAUGUAGAUUCACUGCUUCAGGGUGCCGGCCUAAAUGUGCUGUUCAACAAUGCAGGCAUCUCACCGAAAUCGACCCGCCUAAACUUUACCAAGCAGGACGAUCUGGUGGACACGUUCGUUACCAACACGGUGGCACCGAUCAUGAUGACGAAAGCGUUUGUGCCACUGCUGAAAAGAGCGUCCGAUCGCGCCUCGUCCGCACCGGUCGGUCCGCAGCGGGCCUGCAUCGUGAACAUGAGCUCGAUCCUGGGCUCGAUCGAAGCGAACCGCGAGGGAGGUCUGUACGGGUACCGGACGUCGAAAGCCGCCCUUAACGCGGCCACCAAAUCGAUGAGCCUCGAUCUGAAGGGCCACCAGAUAAUGGCGGUUGCACUACAUCCGGGCUGGGUGCAGACCGAUAUGGGCGGUUCUAAGGCACCGCUUACGGUGGAGGAAAGCUGCACUGCGAUGGUCCGCACGCUGCUCGCCCUGAACGAAACGAACAAUGGAGGAUUUUUGCAGUACGAUGGCAAACCGCUACCAUGGUAG